AUGUACUAUCAGCAAGAACAUCAAUCAGGGGGAGCAUACACCCAGGCAUUCAAACAUACACAUCUUGAUAGUGACAGCACUGGACACCCUCAUGGUCCUGGAAACCUGAACCGUGGUUUUGGGUCUUUGAGGCCUUGUGGGAUGAUGAUCUUGAACACAUCUGGGCAGUCAACAGACCUGAGCCAAAUGUUGCUUUCAUUAGCAAACAGAGCUGAGAAGGCAGAAACUCAACUUGCAGAACUUGCUGCCAAGCAUGCUGCUGAUUACCUGUUGCUCCUGGACAAGAUUUCUGAGCUUGAAAACAAGGUCGUGUCACCCAUCUUGAAUGGGGCUGGAGGUCCAGGGACUACAACUGCUAAGAAACCUCAACAUGGUUCAAACGACGAUAUGGCACUAGAAUUUCCCAUGCCUCUCGAACCUGGCAUGCCUGCAUGGAUGUCAGCUGAAGGUUAUAACCUGUGGAAUCCGUACUGGUGUAAGGAAACAAUGGAUGCAGAGGAUGCCAAGAAUGCAAAAUUUAUCAACACCAUUGUUUCAUCCCUUGUAGCAAACUCAAAGAAGUCAAUACCGGGUGCUGUAAGCAUCAUCCCCACCACAAGCCUGGAGCCCCCAUAUGAAGCUGUUUUCAAUGCUGUCAAGGGGCAUUUCACUUAUCUUUGUGGAAAAUAUCAGGAGACUGUUGAUCCUGUGGCUAAGCAGUACUUUACAGUGCCCCACCCAUUCCUGCUGGAAUCCACAGGAAUUGGGCCAGAAUCUGUAGGAAUCCACUUCUCUUACACUGAUAUACAUUAA